CCUGGUCCUCCUCCUCCUCCUCCCCGCACGACCCCAAUCUCCUGCCGCGCCGCCACCCCCUACGUCAGUAGCGUGAGUUGCGUCAGUGAGUGUGGGAGUCUUGUAUGAGGACGUGACAGUCGCAUCACCACCAGCGCCACCGCCAGGAGGGCAGCACGCACCACCGCGGCGCCACGAGUCACAACACUUCCUGUCUUAUCGUGUGUCACUAAAGAAGGGAGGUACGUGAGGUGGAAGGUGGAGACGCGUCAAACAAUCUCACUCCGUAAGCUACAGUGAUGAGCGGCACUCGCCAAGUUUCCACCAACAUGGCCUUCAAGGACCUCUCUGGUGCCUCGCAGGCCAGGUCAGGCCGCAGAGCAAAGCUGUGGAAGGUAAAAAAGCUUGAGGAGAAGCUCGAGAAGAGUGACAGGGAGAAGGAAACGACUGGUGAUCGGAGGAAGAGGAGUAUCCGACAUAUUGGUGGUGGUGGUGGUGGUGGUGGCCGUGAGAGGCGUCGUGAGAAGACCUUCACCAACAUCAACACCAACAGCAAUGACAACAACAACAACAACAACAACAACAACAACAGCAACAGCAACAGCAACAACAACAUCACCGCCACCACCAACAGCGACAACACCAUUAACAAGGAGUGGAGUCAAGCGGAGGAGGGGCAGAAGCAAUACAAAAGGAGACGGAGGAGGAAAAGCGAAAACGACUUGCAGGACACUGAUACCUUUUCGUCAGGCACCUCAAUAUACGUUCCUGCUGCUGCCGGUCGCGUAGGGGCGCUGCUGGCAAGGGCGCGGCGAGCACUCUCUGAAAGACGCCAAAGGAGUGUUAGCCAGGGUCCUCAGCGCGCCCUGUCAUCCAGCAGCCAUGAAAUCUCUCUCGAUGAGCCACCGUCAGACGGCACCCUCGUGUAUUCCAGGGCAGGGCGGAGCGGCGGAGUGGCGGCAGCGUGGGUCACCCCUUCGCCCUGCCCUGAUGCCCCGUCCGGUCCCUCCGUCAGGCGCCGUGGUUCCCUAGACUCCCUCGGGUAUCCUGCCAGCGCCGCCAGCACAUCAUUAGGGAUGGGAUCUGCCUCCUCCCUGGACCAGACGAUGACAAGAUCUCUAGGGUCCCGCGGCUCCCUGUGUGACGAGGCGGCCGAUGAGUGUGACAACAUCAACGUGGUGGUGAGGUGUCGCCCUUUGAACGAGAAGGAGAAGCACAGAUGUGAUGAAAUGUGCCUUCAAUUUCCUGGGGAGGGACAAGCUUGGGUUAACAUGGACAAUAUGAACGGGCAGGCGGUACAGAAGCCCAAAGUGUUCACCUACAAUGUGGUGUUUGAACCCGAGGCUACUCAGGAGGACGUGCUAGCCCACUCUGGGGUGAAGAGGCUGCUAGACAUGGCCAUUGACGGCUUCUCCUGUACCGUGUUCUGCUACGGCCAAACAGGAUCCGGCAAGACACACACGCUUACCGGACCCCCGCACUUGUACUACCAGCCCAUCACCGCCUCCUCCAGGGCCCGCAAGACCAGACAGCCGCCCAAUUACUUCGUGUUCGACAAUGGCACCAGCAUGUUCUCUGAGAGUCACGGGCUCAUCUUCAGGUCCUUCGUGUACCUCUUCAACCAGUUACAGAACAGAGACGACAUGGAGUUCACCCUUACGGCUUCCUAUCUGGAAAUCUAUAAUGAAAAGGUGAUUGACCUCCUCAAUAUCGGGACCAACACUAAGCCUCUACAGGUUCGCUGGAGUAAGAAGAAACGAGGCUUCUUUGUGGAGAAUCUGUUUGAGAUCGAGUGUUCUGAGCUGGAUGACCUGCUGGCGGUCCUCGAGGAAGGUCUGAGGAACCGGGCAGUGGCGUCGCACAACAUGAACGAGUACUCCUCCCGCAGCCACACCAUCCUCACCGUCAACAUCACGUCAGAGCAGAAGGCGGAUGAUGGCGUGUACCUUACAAAGAAUGGCAAGAUCAAUUUUGUGGAUUUGGCCGGUUCAGAGAUGACCAAGAAGACCAACUCUGAGGGCAAGACUCUGGAGGAGGCCAACAACAUCAACAAGUCCCUCAUGGUGCUUGGGACAUGCAUCGCUGCCUUGUCCGACCACCGCAAGAAGGAUGGACACAUACCUUACAGAGACUCUAAACUAACUAAGCUUUUAGCAGACAGUCUGGCUGGAAAUGGAGUCACCCUUAUGAUUGCCUGCGUGUCACCUGCCAAAUCCAACAUCAGUGAAACACUCAACACUCUUCGCUACGCCUCGAGGGCCAAGCGUAUCCGAACUAAGCCUCUUAUCAUUAUGGACCCAAAGGAGAAGGUGAUCCUGAGUCUGCAGCGGGAGGUGAGUCUCCUACGGGAGGAGAAUGCUCACCUGAAGAUGCUCAUUGACCUUGGGGAAAAUGGUGUGCCACAGGAGGGCCCUCAGCAGCUCAAUGGCCACCUUGCAGCAGAGGCCAAUGGGAUAGACUCAGCAGAACAUGUGGCUGCUGUUGGGGGACGGCCAGCACCAGGCAUGAUAUCCCGCCAAGGCUCCUUCAGGAUAGACAAGGACAAGCUGGAGACACUGGACAACCAGGAGUUAGUGAAGCUGGUGCAGCAGUACAUGGCCUCCUACAGCAACAUCAGGAGAGAGAACAAGGAGCUGCAGCAAGUGUCGGCUGCCUUGGUGAAGGACCAGGAACUGGUGUGUCGGGAGAAUGAGCGACUCCUUCGCAAGCUUGAAGAUGUCAACAGGAAGGUGGCAAACACAGAACCCAGUGCACAGAACGAGAAGCUAGAUGACAAUGUAUGUCGCCGCUCACCCAUCAUCCCCGCCCAGCCUGCGGUGAAUGGGGAAGACCUUUUAAAUGCGUCUUUGAGUGGCAGCAGCUUCUACAGGAGUGGGGGAACACCUGGUUCUUUCAUAUCCCGAUCCCUGCCUUCCUCCUCUUCCUCCUCCUCUCAGGUGUGGAUCAACCCAUUGAAUGAGACCCAAGGGAAGAACACUGGCUCGGCUCCCUCUAGCAGCGGCAAUGGUGAGGGUGGUGGCCGGCCCCAUCACCUUCCUGAGUCCAUCAAUAAGGAACUGGAGAAGAGGAGAAUUGGCAAAAGCCUGACUGAUCUCACGGGAACUGGAGGCCAUGGAAAGAGUAGUGGAGGCAGACGAAACAGUUGGGAUGAGAGGAAUGAGAGGAAGAACCCUGUGAAGAGCAAGAGCAUAUCCCCGGGCAUGGCUAAUGGCAGAAGUGGAGGCCGAGGUAAGACUCGCUCCAAGUCGGUGCCAAGGCCGAAGGGUCGAAGGCGUGGAGACGUGCCUGGGCGCGCUCCUGCUCCAAGAGAGACAGACCACAGACCCCCGGGCAUGCGAUCAUCGUAGCUUCCUCGCUCCUCUCUUGCCUCCGUCUGACCGUGCCACCUGCCAGGUCUCUUCUGCCUCGACUUCUAGCGCCAAUUAGAAGUUAGCAGCCGGCCUCAUGAAGGUCUUCACUUGUCUCCGUCCACCUGUGAUGUGUUGAGCUUGGCAGUAAUGCCAUCAGCUCUUCCUCCACUGGCUGGUGUCACAUCACACUGGUACUGGAGGUGCUGCCUGUCAGCUUAUACCAUCACUAUGAUUAAUAAUCUCUAUAUAGACAUCAGCAUAUAUAUACGUAUCAUCUUCUGACGUCAUCCUGUCAUUACAAAGCUGUGUUGUGGAGCACCAGCGCCUUCAUGUCAACGUGUACUGCUGCAUCGCAUCACUCUGAAUGAGUCAGACCAUCCAUUUCAAAUUUUAUUUUGUUUCUCAUUUCUGUAUUUCCAUAUUUGUUUUUGGGAAUGAUUUUGGAAGUGGGAGAUAAUAAUCAUCAUAUACAUAUGUAUUUCAUUCCAUGUAAUCUUUUGUUCAUUAAGUUGUCACUUCUUAUAAGCCAGACGUUUGUACAGAAGAUAAAGGACUACAUUACAAUAUAA